AUGAAUACGGACAAUUCAGCACCGGACUCUCGGUCAAGGGAGAUUCCUGAUCGCCUGCCAUUUCCCCCAGUGACCUACUCUCACAUUCUACAUUGCUCUUACCAUGACUGGCAUCCUCGAUACCGCUCUCUCAUUCCCAAAUCUCGUCUGAUCCCUCUUUCAACUGCAUUUGUCAAUUACCUCCGCGCCGAUGGGAUUGUCCUUCCGCCUGAAACUCGACUGCGGAGAGAAGACGACGAGCUCGACGACUACGACGACUCUGAUGAAGGUGAACAGGACCCAUCCGCGGAAUGGGUGGAAAUACACGCGCAGAUCAAGAAUACGAUUGCCGAGUUGGGAGGCAAAGUCACGCCAAAGUUAAAUUGGAGCGCACCCAAGGAUGCAACCUUCAUGUCUCCCACCAACGAUACGCAAUGUCGCUCGCCAAACGAUAUAUACCUUCUUUUGAAGAGCAGUGAUUUUAUCACACAUGACCUGGAGCAUCCAUUUGACGACUGUGAGCCAGACUUUGCAGUUUCUGACAGCUCAUCGGGCAACAAGACUGCCGGGGAAGAUGUUUUGCCCGAGGUACCCUACCACUUGGUCCUUCGUCAAUAUGUCAACUUCAAUCCUUCACUCGAGUUCCGCUGCUUCGUGCGGAACCGAAAGUUGCUCUGCAUGUGCCAGCGUGACCAAAAUCAUUUUGAUUUCCUGUUUGGCAUGCGAGAUAUGCUCCGGUCACGCAUUCAGUCGUUCUUUGACGAGAAGCUAAGGGACUCGUUUCCCGACCCCAAUUUUGUCUUUGACGUAUACGUCCCAGCUCCUCAUCAGCGCGUCUGGCUCAUUGACAUCAACCCCUGGGCACAACGGACCGACCCGCUCCUCUUUAGCUGGCUGGAGAUUUUGCGCAUGAAUGACCCCAUUGGCUUUGAGGAAGAACCGGAAGAUUCGCUUGAAGAGGGAGUUGUCCGUAUCUCACUCCGAGAUGGCAGUGUGCUGAGUCCACACUCUGACGGUGAAAGUGGAAGUGAUUCGGCCUCGGAGGAGGAGGAUGAUGAGGAGGCGCCCGCUGAUGGGGACGAUCAGUUUGCACCGUUUCUCCCCGAGUUUCGCCUCAUCAAGAAAGAUGACCCGGAAUCCUACUCCUUCAACACCCCUCAGUUUUCGGCACACAAGGUACCGAAGGAGCUUGUGGAUGCUUCGUUGGCAGGUCCGGGCGGCAUGAGUGAGUUCUUGGGCAAGUGGCAAGAUAUCCUGAAGCAGCAAGAGCGGGAGGACCGAGAGGCGGACGAUGAUUCGGCAUAG